GAUGUCACCAGUGUUGUAGUGACAACAAACUCACUGAGAUUUCUCAGUCAGAGGCUGGACAUUGCAGUGAUGGCCUUGUUUGCCCGACUCUGCAGACUUUUUCAGAGAGCCAAUGUGGAUGGGAGUGAUACCAGAGAGGGGAGGAAGGAUGCUGACCUUCCAUCUGAGAGGAAUGAAGGACGAAGUAGGGGGACUUGGCGAAUGUGGAUGGCUCUCAGACAGACAUCAUCCCCUGUACCUGUCAUAAGCAAGAAGCAGUUUGAGAAGGAAGAGAAAAAGCUGAUCAAAGAGAUCCAGCUCACUACCGAGGAGACAAAUGAGCUGAGAGAUCGCCUGAUCUACGUGACUGAGGGAUCCAUGAACAAGAGGCCCUACCACAGGCAAAAUCCCCUUUAUGAAAAAUUGAAGUUAAAGGAGAAGGAGAUCAUGACAUUUCUACACAACUUAGAGAUGGAGAACAUGGAGGCCAAAGAGACCAAGCAGGAGCUCAAGAAGGAGACACAUUUCUAUCGUAACCUGCACAGCCGGCUCCUGAUGGAGGAGAAUCUUAUAAAGAAGAAGUUGAUGACAUUGCAGCAGGAGAGCAAGGAAGUACAGGCUGAUUGGGCCAUCAUUCACCAAUGUUUGUUGGAAUUGAACCUGAGUGGAAAAGACGAACAGGAGAACAGCAAUCUUGAGACUCCAGAAUAUCAGGUCUCAGAAGCUGCAAGAGAGCUGGGAUUGGCCACAGCUGAAGAAGACAGCAUCCUGCAGAAUGAGUUGCCAGGCCAGGAGGCCCCUGCUGAGCACCAUCUCCAGCACCCACAAUCUUCCUCGGAUGAAUCUUCUUCCAUAUAAUUCAUUUUCUUAGGGUGAAUAGGCCUUUACAAGGAAGCCAUGGCUGAUUCAGGGCGUUGUUCCCUUUUCUCUUCAGACAACGUCUCUUGGCAGAGAACUGAGGCGGCUGCACUGAUACCUAGUGUCCAAGAGGAGCAGCAGGCUGGAGGGCUGUGCUGCUAAAAGUGCAGAAAGCGAAAGCAGCUGAACAAUAAUUUUCCUUUAGAGUUUUGGUUUAAGUUUUUAUUUUUGAUCUUUGAGUUAUUGUUACGUUAUUUAGAAGUUAUAUGUUCUUGUUCUUUUAUUUCAUUGUUUGUUUUUGCCUUUAUCUCUAUAUUAAUUGAACUUUUAAAACCUAUUUUUUAAAAAUUCUAUUUCUUAUGAAUAAAAAUUGAUUUGCAAGUAGUGACUCUUGAGACCAUC